GAAGCCCCUCGGAAAGCGGCACCCGGAGGUGUCCUGGCCAGAGGUAAACUCGCCCCUUAAUUGACCCGAGCGGGAUUAGAGGGCGGCCGAAGCCGUGUCCCGCAGCCGCUCGGAAGUCCCGCGGACUCGGUUUUCCUGUGUGUGAGGCGUUUUCUCUCACGAGCGGGACCGCUCUCCAUUUCGCAACUGACCUACUUAACUCGAGACAGAGGAAAAAAAAACAAAAAAAAAAACAAGGCUGUUGAAGGGUCACUAGGAGCGUCAGGUUCACGGGGACGAUGCCCUGCCCUCCUCCCCCGCCGCGCGAGCCUGCGGUGUAACACCUGCACAGGUAACAGAAGCUCACCUGGCGCCCGGCGAGGAGCAGAGGCGCUGCCGAUGGCUGAGGCGGCGGAGGCGGGCGCGGCGUCCGCGGCGGUCCGGGCCAUGUUUUUAAUGCUCACGCCGGGCGAAUCCUCCUUUCAGAAAGUGGAAGAUGUCCCGCACUACGUGCAGCAGGCCACUCCUUUCUUUGUGGGGCUUAUAUUUCUGGAGCUGGUGGUGGGCGUGCUGAAGACGGGAGCCCCGGUGGUCACCAUCAGUGAUGGACUCACCUCCAUAUCUGCUGGAAUGAUCUCCAGACUCCCAAUGUUGCUGAUGAGAGGCUGUGAGCUGACUGCGUACAUGUACGUGUGGGAGCGUUACCGCUUGGUGCAGCUGCCCUGGGACUCUGCCUGGACCUGGUGGUUCAGCUUCCUGGGGGUGGACUUCUGCUACUACUGGGUCCACCGAUUCGCUCACGAGGUGGCCAUCCUCUGGGCUGCUCACCAGGUUCACCACAGUUCAGAGUACUACAACCUCACCACCGCCCUCAGACAGUCCAUCACCCAGCAGUUUGCAUCAUGGAUUUUCUACCUGCCCAUGGCUCUGGCUGUGCCUCCAUCGAUCUUUGCUGUUCACAUACAGUUAAACCUGCUCUACCAGUUCUGGAUCCACACCGAGUUGAUCCGAGACCUUGGACCAUUGGAGUGGGUCUUCAACACCCCAAAACAUCACAGAGUUCAUCACGGGAGGAACCUUUAUUGCAUUGACAAGAACUACGGAGGAAUUCUGAUCAUAUGGGACAGAUUAUUCGGUACCUUUGCUAAAGAGACGGAUAAAGUGGUGUUUGGCCUGGUGUUCCCUAUCAACACAUUUGAAAUCCUCUACGUUCAGUUACACUACUAUUUGUAUUUGUGGAGAAGGUCCAACACGUACAACGCGAUCAGCGACAAAUUGUCAACUUUCAUCAAAGGUCCAUCUUGGAAACCUGGUAAAUCUCGGCUGGGUGACCACGCUGACAAUCCCAAGGUUACCGGAAAGGAAGUGCCUCAUGAUCCCAGCUGGUCACUGCCUUUACAAGUUUAUGUGGUCAUACAUUUCCUGCUGGUGCUGCAGAUUUACCAUGAUGUGUUUGAAAACAAGACGAUGCUGUCCCAGUUAACCAUUCUGGGGAUGACCAGCUACAUUCUGCUCACUCUUACCUCCCUGGGCUUCGUCGUCGACCAGAGGCCAGCGGCGGCUGUCGUGGAGAUGCUGCGCUGUGUCGUCAUGGUGGCAAUGUGGAGGUACAGCAACAUGAAGCCCCUGCUGCCUUCGCUGGCUCUGCCCACAGAGGCCUUUGUCUCCCUCUCUCUGCUGUACUGGGCUCUGCAGAGCUUCUCUCAGCUGCUCUUCGUCAGGAAGAAGGCUGACUGAGUCGACACGAGGAGACACUGACUAAUGGGCGGGGAAUUUUAUCGUCUGAAGCCAUAAUUGUUGACAUAAUUCCAUAGUAACAACAUAUUUUCAAUCAACAUAAACACGGUGUACAGCCUCAUUUGUAUGUGGCAUCCAUCAACCUCUGCUGUUUUAUUUUCUUAUUGGAGAAGCCUGACAAAAUGGUUGUUUCAGCUUCUGCUUGACUCAUUUUUAACUGGUUAAAGACUGUUUAUAUCUAAAAAAGUCUUAAAAUUAGCCAUAAAACAAGGCACGGUGCUCACCAGUUUUAUAUCAAAUGAGGAAUUUCUUCUGAUAGUUUUAUUCUUCUCUGUCUCCCCUGUGCUUUUGUUUAAAAUUAAAUUGUUAUAACAAAAAGAGCUGAAAUGCUAAAUAAAGUACUAAUCGACCAGCAUGUUUAUAUUCAA